AUGACGGUGUUGAAUUUAAUAAGGGAAUUCGAAUUGCAAAAGAUGAAGGAAUCUGAGACCGUCAAAGAGUACUCAGACCAGCUUCUUAGCAUUGUUAACAAGGCACAAGAGCAAAGGAGACUUAUGAGGCAAGAUGGUAUGGCUGAAAGAGCCUUGAUAGCCAACCACAAGACUCAAAGCAAGGGUGAUAAUUCAAAGAAAAAUUACCCACCUUGCCAGCGUUGUGGCAAAAAAGGUCAUCCUCCAUUUAAAUGUUGGAAGAGGCCAGAUGCACAAUGCAAGAUUUGCAACCAACUUGGUCAUGAAGCAGUGAUUUGCAAAAACAAAUCUCCAAAAUAUGAAGCAGAUGCACACGUCGCCAACGAAGAAGAAGAAGACCACUUGUUUGUGGCAACAUAUUUUUCAACCAAGAAAUCUAAUUUUUGGAUGAUUGACAAUGGUUAUACAAACCACAUGACAUAUGACAUAAAUAUAUUUAGAGAGUUUAUGUCAAUGGAAAACAAGAAAGUCAAAAUCAGGAAUGGCGAUUAUAUUCCUGCAAAAGGAAAAGGGACUAUUGCAAUUAAAACAGGUUCAGGUACAAAAAUAAUUUCAGAUGUUCUUUACAUACGUGAUAUUGAUAAAAAUCUGUUAAGUGUUGGCCAACUAGUGGAAAAAGGAUUUAAAUUGUUAUUCGAUGACAAGUACUGUCGAAUCUUUGAUGCCAUUAAGCAGGAGAUUUUAUGA